AGGCUUUGUGGGGCUGGAAAGCAGAGAGCGAAGGAAGCAUGGCAUGAGCUGUCGUCAGAAGGGUGGGCUGGGGCAUGGCUAUAGAUCUUGUAGGCCAUGACAGAUUUCAAUUUUUUUUUCAAGGAGUAAUGGAAAUGUACUUGGUGAGUUUUGAGCUCAAAAGUAAUGUGGCUCAAUGGCCUUUUAUGAGGACCCCUAUGACUGCUGUGCGGAGAAUGGACUUUGGGCACGGAAGGAAGAGUGCAAGUAGGGAGAUUAUUGGAAGAAAUUAGAAAGCUUUGGAAAUAGUUCGGUUGAGAAAUGCUGGCAGCUUGGAUGGGGUUAGUGUUGGAGGUGCAGCGAUGCGGCUGGGUGCUGGAUAUAGUCUGAAGGUAGCGUCAGCAGGGCCUGCUGACCAACCACAUUCUCCUUUGCCCACUGAGCUCCAGGAACUUCUCCACACAUACACACACGCUAGCUGGCUCCUCCAUCCUCACCGGGGCGUUCAGUUAGAGGGGCAGACCCCAGACCACAGUUAACGUGGGGAGCUUCCCAGUGCGGUCUGACAGAGGAAUGCAAGACUCAGCCAUUGUGUUCUGCAUGAACUGCCUCCACUUUCCGUCACUUGCCCAUCUUAAUGGACCGGGCCUCUGCCUGCUGUCUCCCUUACCACGCCUGGCUUCUGCAGGCCCAGUCAUUUCUUAAGUCUCUGUUUGUCCAAAUGAGUGACCUCAGGGUGUGUUGGUGACACCCCAAAUAGUCCUGAGUGUUUAGUGUUUUUAGUUGAUACAGAGUAGGGGGCAGCAUACUCUGGCAGUGUCAGUCCUCGGACCCUGGCCAACCACUUACUACUGUCUGUUUACACAAAACACAGUAAGGUCAGACCUGAUCCCACAGUAAAAGCACACAACACUUUGGCCCCAGCUAGGGUGUUUCUGGAGAGCCUGGGAGAGUUCAGGCUGGGCUUACAAACACCCUCAGGCCAGUGGGGAAGGGGGAAGCAAGAAAGGAGGCGGUGACCCGGUUGGCUCUGGAGUCAACAGGCCUUGCCCUGUUUGUGUUGUGCUGCACGGAGGUACAUUAUAAAUGCAGCCAACGCCGGGGGCCCCUGGCCUCAGAAGCUAGGACUGCACUAGUGCUAAAAGUCUGUGCAAGCCUCACCAAGAUGAAGCCGCAGGGCCAGGAGGAGUUUGACGGCCACACUGCUUAUGAUAAUAUGCUCACAGGAGAGCUGGACAGUGGCCCUUGCUCUGGCCCCAGCCCAGACACUGACAGCCAGGGACAGGGGGUACCCAAGGACCCCCUGCUCUUCAUUCAGUUGAAUGAGCUUCUGGGCUGGCCCCAGGUGCUGGAGUGGAGAGAGACAGGCAGGUGGGUGCUGUUUGAAGAGAAGCUGGAGGUAGGUGGGGGCCGGUGGAGUGCCCCCCAUGUGCCCACCUUGGCACUGCCCAGCCUGCAGAAGCUUCGCAGCCUGCUGGCCGAGGGCCUUGUCCUGCUGGACUGUCCAGCUCAGAGCCUCCUGGAGCUUGUCGAGCAGGUGACCAGAGUGGAGUCGCUGAGCCCGGAGCUGAGAGGGCAGCUGCAGUCCUUGCUGCUGCAGAGGCCCCAGCACCUCAUCCGGACCACAGGCACUAGGCCCUGUUGGGGGUCUGCCCAUCCAAGAGAGUCUUCCCAUGAUGAGGAAGCCCCCCUGAAAGAACAGCGUCAAAAUGCCCUGAGGCACAAGCUGCCUCCAGGGGCUGAGGCGGGGGCUGUGCUGGCAGGAGAACUGGGCUUCCUGGCUCAGCCACUGGGGGCCUUUGUGCGACUUCAGGAUCCGGUGGUGCUGGGCUCUCUUACGGAGGUGCCCCUCCCCAGCAGAUUUUUCUGCCUCCUCCUUGGUCCCCCUACGCUGGGAAGGAGCUAUCACGAGAUGGGCCGGGCCAUGGCUGUCCUCCUCAGUGACCCGCAAUUCCAGUGGUCAGUGCGUCGGGCCAGCAACCUUUAUGACCUUCUGGCAGCCCUGGAUGCCUUCCUAGAGGAGGUGACAGUGCUCCCUCCAGGUCGGUGGGACCCGACAUCCCGGAUUCCCCCGCCUAAAUGCCUGCCCUCUCAGCACAAAAGGCUCCCCUUGCAAACGCAGGAGGUCAAGGGCCCCUCUGCCCAGCGAAGGGCCCGGGCUGAGGACAGGCACGGCCACCCGCAGCACACGCCCAGCCCGGAGUUGCAGCGGACAGGCAGGCUGUUUGGGGGCCUUGUCCAGGACGUGCGGCGGAAGGCCUCGUGGUACCCCAGCGACUUCUUGGAUGCCCUGCACCCCCAGUGCUUCUCGGCUGUGCUCUACAUUUAUCUGGCCACCAUCACAAACGCCAUUACUUUUGGGGGGCUGCUGGGAGAAGCCACCGAUGGUGCUCAGGGGGUGCUGGAAAGUUUCCUGGGCACAGCAGUGGCUGGAGCUGCCUUCUGCCUCAUGGCCGGCCAGCCCCUCACUAUCCUCAGCAGCACUGGGCCAGUGCUGGUCUUUGAACGCCUGCUCUUCAACUUCAGCAGAGAUUACAGCCUGGACUACCUGCCCUUUCGCCUGUGGGUGGGCAUCUGGGUGGCCACCUUUUGCCUGGUGCUGGUGGCCACAGAGGCCAGUGUGCUGGUGCGCUACUUUACUCGAUUCACCGAGGAAGGCUUCUGUGCCCUCAUCAGCCUCAUCUUCAUCUACGAUGCUGUGGGCAAAAUGCUGAGCUUGACGCGUGCCUAUCCCAUCCAGAGGCCUGGCUCUCCCGCCUACGGCUGCUUCUGCCAGUACCCAGACCCUGGAGGAAAUGAGUCUCAGUGGACAAGGACAAAGCCAGAAGACAGAGAUGACAUCUUGAGCAUGGACCUCAUUGCUGACCACCACUCCCUACAGGACCUGGGCCUGGUCAACGCGUCCUUGCUGCCUCCCCCCGAGUGUGUCCGGCAGGGAGGCCACCCUCGUGGCCCCAGCUGUCAUACAGUCCCUGACAUUGCCUUCUUCUCCCUCCUCCUCUUCCUUACCUCCUUCCUCUUUGCCAUGGCCCUCAAGCAUGUAAAGACAAGCCGCUUCUUCCCAUCUGUGGUACGCAAGGUACUCAGCGACUUCUCCUCGGUCCUGGCCAUCCUGCUGGGCUGUGGCCUUGAUGCCUUCCUGGGUCUAGCCACGCCAAAGCUCAUGGUGCCCAGAGAGUUCAAGCCCACACUACCUGGGCGUGACUGGCUGGUGUCAUCUUUUGGAACCAACCCUUGGUGGCUAAGUGUGGCAGCCGCCCUGCCUGCCCUGCUACUGUCUAUCCUCAUCUUCAUGGACCAGCAGAUCACAGCAGUCAUUCUCAACCGUGCUGAAUAUAGGCUGCGGAAGGGAGCUGGCUUCCACCUGGACUUCUUCUGUGUGGCUCUGCUGAUGCUGCUCACAUCAGCACUUGGGCUGCCCUGGUAUGUCUCAGCCACUGUCAUCUCCCUGGCCCACAUGGACAGUCUUCGGAGAGAGAGCAGGGCCUGUGCUCCGGGGGAGCCACCCAGCUUCCUGGGCAUCAGGGAGCAGAGGCUGACGGGCCUGGUGGUGUUCAUUCUCACUGGAAUCUCCAUCUUCCUGGCACCUAUACUCAAGUUCAUCCCAAUGCCCGUGCUCUAUGGCAUCUUCCUGUACAUGGGGGUGGCAGCAAUUAGCAGCAUCCAGUUCACAAAGAGGGUGCAGCUGUUACUGAUGCCAGCAAAACACCAGCCAGACCUCCUGCUCUUGAGGCAUGUACCUCUGAGCAGGGUCCACCUCUUCACAGCCAUCCAGCUUGCCUGCCUGGGUCUGCUUUGGAUAGUCAAGUCUACACCUGCAGCCAUCAUUUUCCCCAUUAUGUUGCUGGGCCUGGUGGGGGUCCGGAAGGCACUGGAGUGGGUCUUCUCGCCACAGGAACUCCUCUGGCUUGACGAACUGAUGCCAGAGAAGGAAAGGAGCACCCCUGAGAAGGGGCUAGAGCCAGAGUGCUCCUUCAGUGGGAGCGAGAGUGAAGAGUCAGAGCUGAUGUAUCAGCCAAAAGCUCCAGAAAUCAACAUCUCCGUGAAUUAGCUGGAACUGAGCAUGAGUCCUCAGGGGCCCCGGAGUCCAGAAGAGGGUAGAACAGCUCCGGAGGGAAGAAAACACAAAUGAGAGUGCCUGGGCUUGGCUCCCCUGGCGAUAAAGUAUGGCCAGUAGAGGGAGCUCCAUGUCAUUCCGAACUGAAUGUGGAAUUUGGAGGUGGGGAAGGGAGGGACGCGGUGACAGAAGACUGGGAGAGAGAGGGGAGGAGGAGAGGGAGGACAAAGCUCCUGGCUGCUUUCCUUUGCUUUUGGAGGCUCCGCCCUAGGCUCCUGAGAACUACACUCCAGACCAGGGGAGGGAUUCUCUGCCACUUGCCCUCUUUGCCAUUUUUUCAUUAUAUUCAUCCACUUAUCAAAA